UUAAACGCUUACUGUUACACAACAGUAAAUACGUGCUGAUAACAGCAUUCCCUUUAGGUUGAAGCAAUGUCUAAAACCUAGACUUACAAAAAACGUUAACAUUUAUAAUUUCCUUUCUUUACUAUUUUUCCUUAAGGCAAUGAUUAUUUAGUCUUCACACGUGUCACGGCGCGCUGUUGUUCACAAGGACGCGCCCUUAAGUGAAAGUGAAAGAUGGUGUGGACAUACAGUGACGUUUGCCCUCACACGCUCAUACGUGUCGCAUCUGUUUGCUUUGCGCUUUUAAUUCAAAUACAUUCAUGAGGCUUUACCACACGGUUUUCCCUCUGAACUCUCCAGGAGAAGUGGACAUGCAUGGGCUGGUUAUAUUAAUUCUCACGACGGUCGUAUACCAUCACUAUACUGUAAGAGCGAGCGGUGAAUGCCAUCCCCCGGAACUGGGACCCAACACAAUGCCUGUUACUGGCACCACACCCACUGAUUCAAGAAUUCGUAUCAAUUGUACAAAGGGGUUCCUGAGGAAAGCAGGAACAUCCAACCUGUUCCAAUGCAAACCAGACCAAACUGGUGAAGCAAUCUGGCGCAAUGUACCUCCUCUUCAGUGCAUACGUGAUCCCCGAAGUCCCAUGAUGACAACAACACCUGAUCAACAUUUCAUGCCACUCACCUCUGAAAAAACAUUCACUCCAACAAAUCCUGACAGCACCAAUUCCUGGAAAAGUUGGCCAACAACAGCAACAGGGAGUAUAACUUUUUCACCAACGAAUGAAGUUGCCACAACCAAAACAAGAACAACUACCAACCAGCCAAUUUUGAGGAUCACAACAACAGCCAAUGAGAUUGCCUCUUCAACAUCCAGUGCCAGUUCAACCAGAGAAUACAUAACAACAGAUUCAUCACUCCUUGACCAGUCAAGCACUUUCACCACAACAACAGGAGUCAGUGUAUCAGUGAAGACCUCAACUCAUUGUACAGGAAACGGUACACCACUUGAGUCCCCUGACCAUUAUAAAUCAACAGUAGGUGGUGUUACAGGGAUACUUCUCUUGUGUCUGGCAGCAGCAGGAUUUCUUCUCUACUGGAGAUUAAGACAUCGAGAAACAAACUAUAACGGGGUUCCACUAAACCAAAUCAACCAGACUAACUGUACUUCCUACUUCCCUGUAUCAGUCUCAGUCAUUGAAGGCUGUCCAGCUGAAGAAAACAUAGCCGAUGCUGUUAACCUGUGACGUGCACAGAAUGGGGGCAGCAGGGGCAAAAGCCCCUGUCCCUUUCGUUUACAAAUCUAAGCCCAUCAAAGCCCAUUUGGUUGUCCAGAAAAAGGGGAGACAUUUUAAUAAUUAAAUUAAAAUAGUUCAACCAAAAUUUUAAUCUCAUCAUAAUCUCACAAUAUCAGUAAUUCUAUAGGAAAGACACGCAGGCUUGAGUGAAGUUUGAGAUGCCAUUUAUUUGAUAGAUUUAAAAUGGGAGCUGAUGUCUCUCUCUUUGGCGUAAGCCCCGUCCAGCAGUCCGAGGGAUUUGUACCCGGAAUCGUCAUGUCCUGCCGGAGAUAGGAGGCAGGGGCGAGAAGCCUACCCCCCUGCUGGACAGGGCUCAACUGGUGGUGGUGGGGAGGUGGAGGUUGCAGUGUUAGCACACCGAAACAGCAAUGUAAUAGAUUGUGAGCGGACUUAUAAAGCAUUGGCUUACAUCCGAUUGGCUAGGAGUUACCCAGCUAAUGAUGUGAUGAUGUACACCUGCUCGUCUUCCCGCUAGAACUACGCUCCACUUCCAUUUAUGUGUUAUUAUGAGAUUUCUUUGUAAAUAGUAGGCGUAUUAACGAAAAAUAUGUGGAGGAGCCUUUAAGAGCACACAGAUUAGGGGCAGAUUCCAAUCGCAAGUGAUCCUCCCUAUUCCCUUUAAGUGGGUACUCUCUGAAGGAAACAUGGCAUUACUGUAUGAAUGUGCCCGUCGCUAAAAGUCUUCUGGAAGGGCCCUCUGAGAAAAGAUUCUUUUUCUCACUUAUGUUUUGAACAAGCUUUCAAGUGGCACUCCCUCCUACAGGAGUGCCCUUCAAGGAAGCAGAAAAUGCAGUUUUGAAUUCUCCCCGGAACGUUGAAGAGCCAUUACCUCAGAUGAGUAACAGGUCAGAUAAAAAGUCAACACGUUUAUUGUGUUUUAAGUUCAUCAAAACAAUAAUACUCAAUUGCAACUGCAUUUCUGACAAUGCGAAUUCAUUAUAAUGGGAUUAUAAAGGGUCGCUUUGAUUUCAGUGAUAGACAUUCAAUUAGUCUUUUAAAGAAUAUUAACAUAAACUGAAGGAGCUGUCUGGUUCAGCCAAAGCCAGAUUGUUUUGAUGAAACUAAUAAGCCAUUAGACUAAUCACUUUCAGAAAAAUACCAUUACGCUGUCGCAGCUCCCUAUACGCACAUUACGCAGUGUAUGUAGUGCACGAACUCCCUAGGAGGGCACCAUCAUAUACCCUAGGGGGGGCACCAGAAACUCCACCGGCUGCCCUUCCUUGCAUAUUAUAUGCUAUUCAAGGACCCUGUAGCAGUCGAUCGCCUUGCGCUUGCACUUUCUGAUCGAGCCUUUGCACCAUGCACCACGUUACCAGGGUAAUGAAUUGAUUGAUCAUGUUCCUAUUUCAUGAUAAUGUAAUUUUACUUCAAGAUAAUUAAAGAAUACAACGGUUUACUAUGACAUGUGUCAAAAACUUUGGGUUAUCACAGACCAUACAAAUAAACAAGUGUAAUGCCAUGGUGCUUUUUGUGAGAAAUAUAACAGAAUAGGCUAAUAUUUGAAAUAAAGGAACAAUUAUGUACAGUGUAUACAAGAAAACUGUUAAAUACUCAAAAAGCAUGAAAUAAGUAUUUAUAGUUAUUACUCAUUAAAAAAAAAAAAAAAAAAAAUGUUAUCCUUCCAACCCGUCCCUCCUAAGGUCUGUGCACGUCACUGCUGCUAACAAAUCCACAACAGACUCCGCCCGUGACACAAAUAAUACACAUAAAGGCUCCACCCAUGGGGCUGAGACAUCUAACUCCGCCCACAUCAAAUCACCCCAUAAAAUAAACCUUAACUGCACUUCAUCAAUCAAUGUACCUCAUUUCAUACCUUACUCUUUGAACAUAA